AGAAGGAGACUCCAUCACACUCCUUGGUAGCAAAUUCCACUGCCAAACAGCUCUUACUGUCAGGAAGUUCUUCCUAAUGUUUAGGUGGAAUCUUCUUUCUUGUAGUUUGAAUCCAUUGCUCCGUGUCCGCUUCUCUGGAGCAGCAGAAAACAAUCUUUCUUAACUUUAAGGAGUGCAGAACUGAGUUUGUUCACCAGAAGCAUUUCCCCUUUGAAAGAUUUUUAUCUUAAAUCCACAUAUUGCCAUCUUUUAAAAAAAUAAGCUUUGAGAAUUUUAAAAGCUACUGGGGGUAGGGGAUUCUUAAAAUACCUUCUGGUGGGAAGCAAAAAAAUCCAUGUGCUGGUCAUAUUCCUCUAAAUUUCUGCACACCUCUCUUUUGGAAGACUAUAAAUAUUGGUCGAUUCUGGUUUAAGACUUUUAAAUCUAGGAUCAAAGCAUUACAGUGAAUUUUAGUUUGCACUCCCAGACGCAAUACUGGCUCAUGCCAUGUCCUUAAAAUUUUUUUCAAGGCCAGAAGAUCCCGUUUAUCUAGAAACUUGUUUUAUUGCUGAAUUGUUUCAUGCAAUUAGAAAGCAUUCCUUGAUAUCCAGACUAAAUUUGUCUCGUUUCAACUUUAACAUUACUACUUGUUUUCCUUCAAGGACUCCGAUAACUGGCUGUUUCUACCCUUUCCACUGCUUUUUAGCAGCCUUUUGAAAAGUGCCUUAAUGCUCCUCCUUGAUCUCCUUUCUAAGCCGUUCUCAAAUAAUGGCAUCGUUUACCACUAACCUAAAAUCUGCUACAUAGCACAUCCAGAACUAUGCAGUGCCCUCAAUGUAGCUGGAGGAAUGUUGCCAGGUUUUUGCAGUGAAUUUCCGUCUCCAGUGCAAGCAGACAUGGUCAGAGACCACAUUUAGAAACUGGGUACUGAGCAAGGAAGUAAACAGCAAUGCCCCCUUUCCUAAGCCAAUCAAAGGGGGCACACAAAAUGUGGACCAGGGAAGCACUCUCCCAGAAUAGACUUCCUGCAUCCUUUCUGGCUGGAGUUCCGUGACUGAAGCUUUCCAUGCUUUCUGCAACGUGAAAAAUAGACCAUAUUUAGACAAUCUUCUUUAUAAAAUAAACAUCACAAUGUGGCAUCAAGCCUCCGAUGAAGGAGAAUCCAGCACCUUCUGCACAGGAAGCUCUUCCUAUUGUUUGGUUAAAACAUUGUGUUUUAAGAAGUUUACACUUGGGAGAGGCAUUUAAUUUAAACUGCCUUUGGGUUACAGUGACAUUCUCUUUGAACGUGUAUCAAAUGAAGAAAUUUGACUUGUAAAAUGUAGGCUUAAGUGGCAGCCUAAGUAGAAGCUUGGUUGGUAUCUAAUUCUCUUUCACCUAAGCAAUACUUGCUUCAAAAUGUCCCAUUAAAUCCUAGCAAAUAUGCUUAGGAUUGCAACCUUCAGCUCCUUAAAAUAAUUUUAAAUUGUACCUGACGAAAAAGUACAUAAAACACAGAGGAAAUUAUUGUCAAAGUAUUGGAUAUCUCACUGCCUGGCUCCACCCUGCCCUCCAACCCCAAUUUUUAGUUUUAAGGCAUUGAUCUGCUAUGGAGGAAGCAACGGAUUGAAUUUUAUUGGCUCAGGAUUUAUAUAAUGACUGGUUAUGGAUGCACUACCUCGUGGGAUGAUGCGCUUGCAUCUGUAUAAACAACUAGGAAAGUUUAGGUUCAAGGUUUGGAGUGUGGCAAAACAAACCACAUCCUGAAAUAAGAGCAGUGGAGGGAGAAAUCCCUUUUGUUUCUUUCAAGGCAGAGAACAAGCAAAGAGUAAAACCCUUAGAUACUAAAAUAUCCCCUUUAUAACUAUUUUUUUUAAAAAAACAAGUUUCUAUGACUAUUUCAAAUGUACCAAUUUACUGAAUACACAAUAGAAAGACAAUAAUUAUUUCUCUUGAUGUGUUUCUGGGUGAAGUGCAGGUGGCAGCUUAACUAAUGGUAACAAAGACAUAACUUUUUAAAAACAAACAAACAAACAACGCAUUGUCAUAGUUGAUGGGAGAUUAAUUUGGAGUUGCAAAAAGCUUAUAAGCACAAUUAAAUUGAAACAGUGAGAAAAUUAAAAGAGGAAUUUGGCUUCUGCUCCAGCCAUUUCAAAACUCCUUUCAGGGGAAAAAAAAAGUUGCUUGCGCUCUAAGCAAAGAGCUGCUGCCGAUUUCUUUUUCAAUUGUGCAGCGACAACUCUGCUUCCAGUAAGGGCAGAAUCUGACAUGGCCACUUCUGUGCAGUCUUCAGCUCCUCCUCCUUCCCCGUCUUGCCUUCAAACACUCAAUACAUUUAGAGACUGAUCUUGUGCAGAAAAUAUCCCUGACAUUUGAAGAGCUCCAGGGAUUCACUGAGCAUGCUCAGUCAUCUCCGUCUGCUAGAAAGAGGAAGCCAGUUUACAUAGGAGUCAUACCAAGCAUAGCCUGCAUGUCAGUGCAGUUAACUUGCAGCGGGCUGUGAGGAGAAUUAGCAUGUCUUUGUCCUAGGAAGUCUUUGCCAUUCCAGUUUCCCCCUCCCCCGCCCGAAAUUUGGCGUCAGAUCUGUAAGCAAUUUUUAAUUGCAAUUGGACACAAUACAUUUCAAACUCUGUCUUCGUUUCUGAAGCCUUUGAGGGGGAUUUCCCCCCCCCCUGCCUUCCUUUUUUUAACUCGGUUGUGUGUGGGUUUUUUUUAAUAUAAAAAAAAUACUUUGUUUUGAUUAGUCGGAGGCUGGGCCUUGAGCUUGUGGAACUCGGGAAAGAGCCAGGAGCUACUCGCAACAGCAUUUCCCCCGUGUUCUCGCCGCUGAUUUCUUUGGGGGGGUUUCAGGGCGGAAGCAAGCAAGCUGGUCUUCUUUGCUAGCCCACUAAAUGCUAUUUAUGAAGAUGGACCUGUUGAACUACCAGUACUUGGACAAGAUGAACAACAAUAUUGGCAUUCUCCGCCAAUAUGAAGGUGAAGCUGCUCUAAGAGGAGAACCCAGAAUGCAGUCCCUCCCAGUAUCAGCGGCUGUAACCAACCAUAGGACAGGGCCACCCCCGAUCAGUCCUUGCAAGAGGAGGUUCAGCAUGGACCAAGGAGACGAUGACCUAGACUGUGAAAAUGAACACGUCUCUAAAAUGAGUCGAAUGUUCAGUCCUCACCUAAUGAAGGCUGCCAAUGGGGAUUAUCGAAAAGAGCACAGAGACAGAAGUCGCAGUCCAAUAGAACGGGCUGCUGCACCAACAAUGAGUCUUCACCCCAACCACAUAUAUGCCUCAAUCCCAAGCUUACCCAUGGAUCAACCUCUAGCACUGACCAAAAACAGCAUGGAUGCUACCCGAUCUGUUAGCAUCACUCCUACAAUGACGUCAGUGGAACGGCAGCAGAACCGUCCAUCUGUAAUCACAUGUGCCUCUGCAAUCAAUCGUAACUGUAAUCUAUCUCAUUGUCCGAUCGCGCACAGUGGAUGUGGAACUGCCAUGCCAGCCAGUUACCGGAGACCAUCUAGCACUACCACUGCCUGUGAUCCGGUGGUGGAAGAGCACUUCCGCAGGAGCCUUGGCAAAAAUUACAAGGAGCCAGAGCCAGUGACAAACUCUGUAUCCAUCACUGGAUCAGUCGAUGACCACUUUACCAAAGCACUUGGAGAAACGUGGCUUCAGAUCAAAGCUGCAAAGGACGGCGUGUCCAGUAGUCCUGAAUCUGCCUCUAGAAGGGGGCAGUCGUCUUCUCCUCCUUCCUCCCACAUGGUCAAUCAUAAUCAUUCCCCUUCUGUAGUCUCAUGAAGAGAGGACCACAGUUUCUUCAUCUGAAACAUCAGUUUGCAUGGUUUGACUGAGCUUGGAGCAGUGCUCAAAAAUUGAAAUAGUGUUUGGGAGGGAGGAUAUGAGAGAUUAGUUUUCAAACACAUUUUGUGUUUAUUUGCUUGGGGUUUUUUUUUAUACGUGUGCCCUUUUAAGAUGAUAGCAGGAACUAUUUGACUAAGAAAUAAAUUUUAUGAUGUAGCACUCUUUUAUUUUUUCCUGCCUCAGUUACCAAAGAAACCUCUGAUACAAAUCUGCUGCCCCCUUAAAAAUAAACAAACAAACAAACCACAGAAUGAAGUUAAUGGGCAAAAAUAAAGUAAUAACUUUUUUUAAAAGCCAUUCUGUACAGUUGGUUGACCCAAAUGCUGUGUGCUUUGGUUAGCUUCUUGAGAGUAGAAUUUUGUCUGGGUUUUGCUUCCAUUGCUUUUGUUUCCCUUGUGAAGUAACUUUGUAUGUAUAUACUUGAAAAGAACUGUCAUGUAUGAUUUGCACUAUUGGAGGAGGUCUAGAGUUGCAUAGCAACUUCGUGCACGAUGCUUAUAUUCUGAGGGCAAACUGCUUUGAAAAAAAAAGUCUAAAGAUGAUGUUUCUGUCUCUCUUUAAAGCAAGAAAGCAAAAUUUGCUUAGGAAGGGGAAGUCUCAUACAGGUUAUAGGUCUUUCUCUCUAUUAGAUUUCAGAUGCUUAACGCUUGCAACUGGACUGCAUAAUUGACCGAUUCAUGGGCAUUUUAAAUGUUUCUUAACACUGCAGUUUGUAAGAAUAGAGCUGAGGUCAGAGGGUUCAAUAGUGCUUAAAGAUGCAUGUUUUAUGAAAAAAAUAGCUGGUAUCUAUUAAUGUAUAGACAGUAAGAAAUAUAAUACUUAUUAGCCUUCAUUGAGAACUAGUUUUAUUUUUAUUUUUCAGUAACAGUCCUAGAUAGACUUACUGCUGGUACAGUUGUACUCUGAUAUUUGUAUUUGAUAUUCACUUUAGUAGCAGCCAGCAACCAUGGACAGCCUCAGGUCAGGCCUCAAAUUAAGCAGUUUAUAGUAUAUAUAUACAAUGCUGUGGGGUACAUGAUUCUAUAGUUUCAUUCAUUACUGAACAAUUUUAAAUCAUCAUCUGCUUCAUACACAGUUAGUUACGAAAAUCUAAAGAACAUCUAUGAAAGCUACCAGUUGGAGAAAACUGCUAUCUUGCUAAAUAUUUUUACCAGGACAAGAUUGCCUUUCACAAUCUUAUUUUUUGAGGCUGCUUAUAAACCUAGGCCAAGGCACCAGUACAUUCCUCCAUUUAAAAAGAAAAAGAAAACACUGUUAUAAAUGUGUUACUUGCAUUUAUUUCAUUUGCUAUAUUAAUAGCCACUAACUAGGUAAUAGAGGCAGGCAUAAAGAACAGACUUGUGUUAGUAGUAAUGAGCUUCUCAGCUUUUUGUUAAAUGCAGCGGCCCACCCACUCCUUAGCCACACCCACACAUUCCACCAAUCCCUAGUACGGGGGCUUUUUAUAUUGGGUUACCUGACAAGACUGGCUGUAUUGAGAGUUUAUGAAUAGGUGAAAGACGGAACUGCAUGUGAUGUAUUCUGGGCUGUGUUACAGUAUUGGGUCCAUACUGGCUUUUACAUUUGUUUAAAAUAGUAAAGCUAUUCAAUAUGAAAAAGGCAUAGGUGGUCAAGACCCAUAAGAUAACCUGUUUUGUUUCUGUUGUUCCAUAUUAAGUGUGGCUGCCUAUUAUUAUUAUUAUUAUUAUUAUUAUUUUGAAAAAGCAGGAAAAGGACCGUUGCCACCCAUUUCACUAUCUUCAUACUGGGUAUUCAAUGCUCUAUCUGCUUUGGCAUUUGGUACCCUACUCCCCGUAAGGAAAUUGGAGAAAAAAAAGAACACACUUUUUUAUAUAGGUAACUUUAAGACCAUCAUUACGCUGUGCGUAAAGAAUGUACAGAGAAAUUUGUAGGUAUUUUUUGAGGAACAAUUAAUUUGUUAAUGAUAUGUAGCUAUUUAAUUUUUCCCUUUCCUUUACUGUAAUCAUUCUCUCUUUUUUUUGUCUGGAGAAAAAAGUUGAUCUUUUUUUUGUUUGUAGAUGUCUGUAAUACAGUAAAAGUGCAGGAACACAGUUAUUCUAUGAGAACACUGCAUUAGCAAUUAAUAGCCACUAGUGUGUUAUUGCUACAGGCUACUGAGCGGUCUAACAGGAAAGUACUAAUGACUGUAGAUGGACUCUGGGACAUGUAACUCCUUUGACAUUUCGUUUAAGCACAAUAUUACAGUAUCAAGUUUACCUAUCUGUGAUAGGUAAAUGGAUUUGUGGUGGGGCAAAGAUUGGCGCCUCAUCUUAAAUACACAAUACUUGGAAGUAAACGUUGCUGAUUUUGGUGGAGCAUACGUCCAAGUAACUGUGUUUAGGAUUAUAGGCUCAGUGAGAUGUGUUGUCUUCUGUAUAAUCAUUUGGAAAUAAAGACUCUAUGGGAAACAUAAUUACUCUGAGAAAGCCAAAGGGGUUGGGGUGGAAAGAGGCAGAGGGAGAGUAAUCUCACUGUUACAUGAAGUUUUUUUCACAGAGCCACAUUAUCUACAGUUCAGCUUGAACAAUGCUCUCCGUGUUUGUAAAUCUGUAAUAUAUCAUUCUUUUGUGGCCUUGUUUCACCUGGAGAUUUUAAAAAAAGGUUUGGCAGGCCAUCUUUUUUGUACUUAAAAGUAGCCUUAAUGAACAAUAAAGUGCUCUUAAAUCUCA